UUAUUAAAGAGGUUGCUAACAAACCUGAUCUACCUUUAGCUUUAGGAAGAUUCUAUGGAUAGCAAAUAAGUCUUGUCUCUGCACCAGGAGGAGACGCUUUGUCUUUUAAGUUUGUUUAUUAAAAUAACGUCCUUGAAAAGGUAGUCCAGAACUCUCAGAAGACAAGCAGAAACAGGAGAAAUUCAUUGAAAAUUGUUUUCCCACAAAAUCCAUUCUUGUUUUCUAUACCAAACAUGCCUUUCCCUCAGCUACUCUGAUUUAUUUGAUCUGACCCACAGGGCUGGUACCAAAUCUAUUUAAUUUACCUCUUGUAGUGUUUACAUUAGAAAGCAGGUGGCUUUCUCCUUAAAUUUUUGUAUUGACUUUUCAUCUUGGCUUAAGGCAUGAACUCAGGUAGAGCAGGGUAUUUUAGUGAUUGCACGGACUCCUCCUGGGCUUGCAAGGAAGACUUGCAGAAUUCCAUCAUCCACAACUCUGGCCCAGGAGUUGAGACAAAUCUGAAUGACUUUUGGGGCCAACAUAGUGUUUCCUUGACAAGAAGGUUGCCGAGGAGCCCAAGUAGAAGAAAUAUGGAGUUUAGAGCCUGAGAAUUUUGAAAAAUUAAAGCCAGUUCAUGGGUUAAUUUUUCUUUUCAAGUGGCAGCCAGGAGAAGAACCAGCCGGCUCUGUAGUUCAGGACUCCAGACUUGACACAAUAUUUUUUGCCAAGCAGAAAUAUCCUUCUGUUCUUGGCCCCAUGCUCUUCAUGUAAAUUUCAGAGUCAUCAAGUUGUAUGAAAAAUUCUGUUGGAAUUUUGACUGGAAUAGCAUUGACUAUAUAUAUCAAUUUGGGGAGAAUUUAUAUCUUCAAAUUAAGUCAUGAACAUAGUAAUUAACAAUGCUUGUGCUACCCAAGCUAUAGUAAGUGUGUUGUUGAACUGUACCCAUCAAGAUGUCCAUUUGGGAGAGACAUUAUCAGAGUUUAAAGAAUUUUCACAAAGUUUUGAUGCAGCUAUGAAAGGUUUGGCACUGAGCAAUUCAGAUGUGAUUCGACAAGUACACAACAGUUUUGCCAGACAGCAAAUGUUUGAAUUUGAUGCAAAGACAUCAGCAAAAGAAGAAGAUGCUUUUCACUUUGUCAGUUAUGUUCCUGUAAAUGGAAGAUUGUAUGAAUUAGAUGGAUUAAGAGAAGGACCAAUUGAUUUAGGUGCAUGCAAUCAAGAUGACUGGAUCAGCGCAGUGAGGCCAGUCAUAGAAAAAAGGAUACAAAAGUACAGUGAAGGUGAAAUUCGAUUUAACUUAAUGGCCAUUGUGUCUGACAGAAAAAUGAUAUAUGAACAGAAGAUAGCAGAGUUACAAAGACAACUUGCUGAGGAGGAACCCAUGGAUACAGACCAGGGUAAUAAUAUGUUAAGUGCUAUUCAGUCAGAGGUUGCCAAAAACCAGAUGCUUAUUGAAGAAGAAGUACAGAAACUAAAAAGAUAUAAGAUUGAAAAUAUCAGAAGGAAGCAUAAUUACCUGCCUUUCAUUAUGGAAUUAUUAAAGACUUUAGCAGAACACCAACAGUUAAUACCACUAGUAGAGAAGGCAAAAGAAAAACAGAAUGCAAAGAAAGCACAGGAAACCAAAUGAAGAAGAUGCUUUGGGAUGUAUACACAUUUCUGCUUCUGCACUUAUUUUCAUGGAAACCAUUAAGUAUAAGGAACUUUGAGCAUCAUCCUAAUUGACUCAGUGCACGUUUGGCAAUAGUACCAGUCUGUCUUGUCUUUAAUGCAUGGAUUCUUUCCCUACCUGCAUCAUGUGCAUGUAGUGCAUAUUAAAUAAAAGUGAUAU